GAGCGGAGCGGCCGGGAGGGGCUGGGUCCCCUGGGGCUCCCCGCCGAACCGAUCCAAGCCGGAGGGAUGCCCCGGCUCAGACGGAUCCCAGAGUCUUGCCUCCUGCCCAAACCCUUCCCCUCGGGUUAGCCCUCCAAACCUACUCACCGCUCGAACCCCGGUCCUGAGGGUUUGAACCCCCAAUACCCCAAUACCGCCUCUCUCGUGACUACUCAUCUUAAAGCCUCCUCGCCCCCUUCCAAGUCUAUUCCCCAUUCCCACCCUGAGCCCCGAAAACUAGCCUCUGCUCCUAACAUCCCUCCAAUCCAGAGGUUCCCCUCGUAGGUGACCCUCAGACCCACCUCCUCCCCAUCUUGUGACCCGGCCCCAAACUCCCCUCACCGUACAUCCGUUCCUCUGCUCAGUCUGGGCCCAGGCCCCUGUGGCCCUGAAGACAUGGAGUUUGUAUCUGGAUACCGGGAUGAAUUCCUUGAUUUCGCUGCCCUCCUGUUUGGCUGGUUCCGAAAGUUCGCGACCGAGCGCAGGGCUGUGGGGGCCAGCCUUGAGGGCCGCUGGCGCCAGCUGGAGACGCAGAUCAGAAGGCUGCCCCAGGACCCCGCCCUUUGGGUGCUGCAUGUUCUGCCCAACCGUAAUGUGGGCAUCAGCCUGGGGCAAGGAGCAGAGCCAGGCCCUGGAUCGGGCCUGGGGGCUGCCCAGUUCCUGGGAGAUGAGCCCCCACUCCACCUGCGAGACCUAAGCCCCUAUGUCAGUUUUGUCAGCCUGGAGGAAGGGGAGGAAGCAGAGGAGGAGGAGGAGGAAGAGAAUGGAGAGGAGGAGGGUGCAGGCUUGGAGAAGGUAGAUCCAGACAAAAAUGGGGCCCCUGCCCCUACCAGCAGGGACUCCCCCCAGGAAGCAAACCCUCCAGGGAGGCCAGAGGAGCCUGAGCAAGAGGCAGGAGGUGGAGGAGGUGGCCAGGAUUGCUGCCGAGAAGACAAGGCAGAGGACGAAGCAGUCCCUGAGAGGAGGAAGGGGCGGAGAAGUGAAGCUGCCCCCCUGCACCUUUCCUGCCUCUUACUGGUAACAGACGAACACGGCACCAUCUUGGGCAUUGACCUACUAAUGGAUGGAGCCCAGGGCAGUGCAGGCAAGGGCUCAGGGCCAGAGAACCUGGCCCCUCGGGCCUAUGCUCUCCUCUGCCACAGCAUGGCCUGCCCCAUGGGCUCCGGAGACCCUCGAAAGCCCCGACAGCUGACUGUGGGAGAUGCCCAGCUGCAUCGAGAGCUGGAGAGUCUGGUCCCGAGGCUGGGAGUGAAGUUAGCCAAGACGCCGAUGCGGACAUGGGGUCCCCGGCCAGGCUUCACGUUUGCCUCCCUUCGGGCUCGAACCUGCCACGUUUGUCACAGACAUAGCUUUGAAGUGAAGCUGACACCUUGCCCCCAGUGUAGUGCGGUCUUGUACUGCGGAGAGUCUUGUCUCCGGGCCGACUGGCGGCGAUGUCCGGAUGACGUGAGCCACCGGCUUUGGUGCCCGAGGCUCGCGGCCUUCAUGGAACGUGCCGGAGAACUGGCAACUCUGCCUUUUACCUACGCCACAGAGGUGACCAGUGAAACCUUCAACAAGGAGGCCUUCCUGGCCUCACGGGGCCUCACUCGUGGCUACUGGACCCAGCUCAGCAUGCUGAUUCCAGGCCCUGGCACGCCCAGGCACCCCUGGGGCAGCACGCCAUCCCUCAGCCUUCUUCUCAGUGGAGAUCCCUACCAGCUUCUCCAGGGGGAUGGGCCUGCCCUGAUGCCUCCUGUGCCCCCAGAUCCGCCCAGGAGCCUCUUUGGCUCAUGGCAGGAUUACUACACGUGGAGGGGCCUCGGCUUGGACUCGCCCAUGGCCGUGCUUCUCACCUACCCGCUGACUGUGUACUAUGUCAUCACCCACCUGGUGCCUCAGUCCUUCCCUGAGCUCAACAUCCAGAACAAGCAGUCACUGAAAAUCCACGUGGUGGAGGCCGGGAAGGAGUUUGACCUGGUCAUGGUGUUUUGGGAGCUCUUGGUCUUGCUCCCCCACGUGGCCCUAGAGCUGCAGUUUGUGGGCGACGGCCUGCCCCCCGAGAGUGACCAGCAGCAUUUUACCCUGCAGAGGGAUGGCCCAGAAGUGUCUGUCCGUCCUGGUUCCGGGGUAUCGGGGCGGCUCAGCUCCGGGACCAAGGAGAAGGGGGGCCGCAGGGACCUGCAGAUCAAGGUGUCUGCACGGCCCUACCACCUGCUCCAGGGGCCCAAACCUGACGUGGUUAUCGGGUUUAACUCCGGCUUCGGUCUCAAGGACACCUGGCUGAGCUCGCUGCCCCGGCUCCAGUCCCUCCGAGUGCCGGCCUUCUUCACCGAGAGCAGCGAGUACGGCUGUGUGAUGGACGACCAGACCAUGGCGGUGGCCACGGGAGGGGGCACCAGCCCCCCGAGACCCAAUCCCUUCCGCUCCCCUUUUCGCCUGCGAGCGGCCGACAACUGCAUGCCCUGGUACUGCAACGCCUUCAUCUUCCACCUGGUCUACAAGCCCCCGCAGGGGAGCGGGGCCCGCCCGGCGCCGGGUCCCGCGCCCCAGGCCCCGCCCCCCGCCGCGCCCCCCGCCCCCGCCCGCAGACGCCGAGGGGAGAAGAAACCUGGGCGGGGGGCCCGCCGGCGCGGGGGGGGGCCCGGGGGGGGCCCCCCCCCCCCCCCCCCCCCCCGCCCAACACGCCCCCGAAAGCAGAUCGGAGCCGCGCACGGCCGGGGGGAGGCGUUUGGCGGAUCGCGCGGAGAAUCCCUAAGCUCUGUCUCAUCCUGAGAAAACAUCGGACGAAUCCUGUGGGACAGUCUACAGAACGCAUGACCACUCCUGCCAAAGUGUGAAAGUCACCAGAGACGAGGAAAGACCAAGAAACUGACAGACUGGAAGAGACAGAGGAGACAUGAUGUCUAAAGAUGACAUAUCCUGGGUCAGAUCCUGGGGCAAAGAAAGGACUUUGGUGGAAAAAACUGGGGAACCCAAAUAAAAUCUAUAUUUAGCUAACGGUAUGGUGU